AUGGGGGACGUGCCGGGGGCCGACAGCGCUGGGGCAGCCCCGUGCGCUCCCCACGCACGUCGGUGCCUUUGCCAUCAGCAGCUCUUCAAGGGGAAGCUGCCUCCGCAGCCUCUCCAUUCAUUUCCCCUGUGGCCGCCGGCGCUGCUCAGCGCUGAUGGAGUCCGCCAGGUGAAGCCCGGCUCAAGCGAGCCCUGGAGCUCGCUCCUGCUCCUUGCACCUCCUGCCCCCGUCGGGUGUUGCUGCUGCUCCCGGCUUGGCCCGGUGGGUCCCCAGCGGCUGCGGAUGGGCUCCGUGCCCCUCUGGGCGGCAUCAGCGCAGGCAGGUGCCGCUGCGGCGUUAUCGGGAGCCCCGCAGGUGGCUGGGGAGCUGCGUGUGGUCGAUGCCGACAGCGGGUCCCUGCUUGCAGGGGGGAAACCGCCUCCUUCCUGCCUGCCACAGCUGCGGCACCGCCAUGGGCCACCUGCAGGCACCGCGGUUAUUGGAGCCCGAGGCCUCGCCACAUGGGAGAUAACCCAACUGAUAACGGGCUCAGAAGGUGCUGCUGCCUCCAUUGGCUGCGGCGCUGCCUAUAAAUCACCCAGCCCGACCCAGGAGGCAGAGGGGAGGUUCCUGGUGUGCGAGAUGGUGCCUGUGAGGGUGCUGGGGGCUCUCCUGUGGGUGCAGCUCAGCGUGGGGCAGCCGCGGAGCACCGCAGAGCCCCAGGCUGAGCUGAGCACGGUGCAGGGCCCCGAUGAGCUGCGGCUGGUGGGUGGUGGUGGGCGCUGCGCCGGGAGGGUGGAGGUGAAGCAUGAAGGUGAAUGGGGCUCCGUCUGCAGCUACGACGAUGACUGGGACGCCCGCUGGGCCACCGUGGUGUGCCGGCAGCUCGGCUGUGGCACGGCGGCCACGUCGUCCCCGUACGCUCCGUUCGGGCAGGGCACCGGCCGCAUCUGGCUCCAUGUCUUCUUCUGCAAUGGCAACGAGGCGAUGCUGCAGGAUUGUCCCCAUUUUGAAUGGGGCCAGCACUUCUGCAGCCACGAGCGCGAUCUGGGGGUGACCUGCACAGAUGCAGUGGAGCUGAGGCUGGCGGGCGGCAGCGGUCCCUGCAAUGGGAUGGUGGAGGUGAAGCUGCGGGGACGCUGGGGCCCGGUGGCAGACCCCAUCUGGGACAUUAUGGAUGCGGAGGUGGUUUGCCAGCAGCUGGGCUGCGGCUCGGCCACCAGGGCCUACACCAAAGGCAGAAGCUACAGCAGCGGUGACCCCCCUGUCAACAUGUCGCUGGUGAACUGCCGUGGGUACGAGAAAGCGCUUUGGGAGUGCGAGGUGAGGGGCUGGGGGCCCUAUGAAGGCUUCUACGUCUUCGACACCGGUGUCGUCUGCCAAGGCUUCUCCCGGCUGGGUGGUGGCGAUGGCCCCUGCGCGGGGCGGCUGGAGGUGCGGCAGGGCCGAGCGUGGGCCGGGCUCUGUGAGGAUGCUGUGGAGCUGAAGGCUGCCCAGGUCGAGUGCCGGGAGCUGGGCUGCUCGGUGCUCGCUGUGCCCGGGGCCGGCCUGUUCCCGGCGGCAUCGGAGCCGCAAUGGGACGCAGGAUUCGAGUGCAGCGGCAGCGAGCUCCUCCUGAGCGCCUGCAGGCAGCGGGCACGGAGCGCCCAGGCCUGCAGCGGCCACGCCAGCAUCGUCUGCUCGUCCUACAGCGGCUUCCGGCUGGCGAACCACAGCUCGCGCUGCGCCGGGCGGGUGGAGGUGAUGGCAGGGGGGACGUGGGGGUCCCUCUGCGCCAGCGCCUGGGACCUGCCCGAUGCCCAUGUCCUCUGCCACCACCUGGGCUGCGGCCCUGCCAGCGCCGUGCUCCCGGGAGGCUCCUUCGGCAGCGGGAACGGGACCCUGCGCGUGGAUGCCUUUGGCUGCAGCGGCAGCGAGCAGCACCCAGGCCAGUGCCCCGUGGCGGUGCUGGGGGAGCCAAGCUGCCCCCCCGGGCACGCUGCUGCGGUCGAGUGCUCAGGCGCUGCCGAGCCCCUGCGGCUGCUGGAGGGGCAGAGCCGGUGCGAGGGGCGGCUGGAGGUCCCCACGAGCCCGGGCAGCUGGGCCGCUGUGUCCGCGGGGCUCCGGGCCCCCCAGGCGGCCACCGUGGCGUGCCGGGAGCUGGGCUGCGGCGAGCUGGAGCGGGUGUACCCCGUGGCGGGCCCCGGCGGCGUGGGGCUGCAGGAGGUGCAGUGCGCGGGCAGCGAGGACGCCCUGGCGCAGUGCAACGUCUCGGGCAGGGCCAGUGCUGGGAGCGGCGCUGGCGAGGCUCUGGCUCUUGUGUGCUCCGGCAGCCGGCGGCUGAGGCUGGCGGGGGGCCCUGGGCGCUGUGCCGGGCGUGUGGAGCUCUACGUUGAGGGCGCUUGGAGCCCCGUGUGCCAGGACGCGUGGGACAUCCCGGACGCCGCCGUCGUGUGCCGGCAGCUGGGCUGCGGGGCAGCGCUGGACGCGCCCGGCUCCGCUCGCUUCGGCCCCGGGGCGGCCCCGCCGUGGGCGGGUGCCGGUGGCUGCGCCGGCAGCGAGGCGUCCCUUUGGGAUUGCCCGGCCCCAGCGCAGCGCGGCUGCCGGCUCGGCGGCGGGGCCGGCGCCGUGUGCUCAGGGCAGCUCUCCGUGCGGCUGGCGGGCGGCAGCGGCCGCUGCAGCGGGCACUUGGAGCUCCUCUACAACGGGACGUGGGGCCGCGUGUGCGCCGACGGCACCAGCCCGGCCACGGCCGCCGCCGUCUGCAGGCAGCUGGGCUGCGGGGACGGGGGCAGCCUCGGGGCCGGCGCUGCCCCGCUCCCGGCCCCCGCCUGGCUCGCCUGGGUGCGCUGCGAGGACGGGGCCCGCUCGCUGUGGCGCUGCCCCUCGGCUCCCUGGCGCCUGCAGCCGUGCGGGCCCGGCGGGGACGCGCAUGUGGUGUGCGCUGAGGACGGCGCCGAGGGGAUGCUCAGCCCGUCCCCAGGGAGCCCCACGCUCACAGGUGUCCCCAGGGCCAGCACCCCGCGGCCAGCCACGGGGCCGGUGCCGGUGCCCACGGUGCUGUGCGCGGUGCUGGGGGUGCUGCUGUGCCUGGCGCUCGCUGCCCUGGCUCUGCAGAUGUACCGGGCCUGGGCUGGGCCACGAGGUGGCGCUGCUGCUGUUAUUCCAGAGCCUGGCAGAGCCCUGGAUGCUGUCUAUGAGGAGCUGGACUACACCGGGAUGCCGGAGUACCAGAAGGUGCCCAGUCGCCCAGGCUCCCCAACGGAGGGCUCAGAGACGAAGCUGCCCUAUUACACUGCAGAGGAUGUGGAGGAGAGUGACCCCGGCGCAGCCCCAGGCCCCCCUGCCCUGCCUGAGGACGGACCCCCCGAUGGCUACGAUGAUGCCGAGGCUGUGCCAGAGGAGUCCCUUGGCACUGGGGACACCCCCGAGGGGGUGGCACAUGCAGGUGGGAGCCGUCCCGCACCAGGGGGCACAGGGGACCCCCCGGAGCAGCCCCCAGGGGACACAGGCUACGAUGAUGCUGACGUUGGCACCUUGGGGACAUUGCUGAGGUCCCCGACCUUGAGGCCGGGCUUCAGCGCCCGCAGGGCAGCCAGGGCCUGCAGCGCGUCUUGGGGCAGCCCGGCCGUGCUCAGCCUGGAACAGAGGGAGGAGAGAGCUGGGUGCAAGGGCACAGCCAGCCCCUUACCCCAGGGCCCGCAGCGGGCAGGAGGGGCUCCGGAGCUGGCGGCAGAGCUGCAGGACCCCGUCUGCUCCCAGCUCGUUGUCGCUCAGGUCCAGGCAGGUGAGGGGAGGCGUCCCCGCAGGCAGCGCUCGGCAGCAGGCGCCCGUCAGGCGGCAGCUCCCCAGCCUGCGGGAUGCGGGAACAGGGAUGUGCGGCGGGACCCGCGGAGCCGCUGCGCCUGGGACCGGGCCGCCUCUUACCGCAGCGUCCGCAGGCGGCAGGAACGGGGCCGCAGCCCCUCGCACAGCAGCUCCGCACCCGCGUCCCGCAGCCCCUCGCUGAAGGACAAAUCCAGCUCCUCCAGGCAGGGGCUGGUGCUCAGCACAGCGGCCAGGUCCUUGCAGCAGGCGCUGCUGAGCCGCGGCAUUGGCGCGCCCUCUUUCCGCGCUCCCGUCGCGGAGCUAACGGAGCCGUUCCGCAUCGAACCUGUUUGUGCCGUUGGGAGCGGCCCUGCACGGGCUGCGUGUGCGGGGCGCUCCCGGUGUUGUGCCCCCGUGGGGAGCCACGGGCGGGCAGCAGGGUCAGGCAGGGUCCUGCCAUGGGGGACGUGCCGGGGGCCGCCAGCGCUGGGGCAGCCCCGUGCGCUCCCCACGGUGAUAACGGGGACGUCUGAAGGCAGCCGGUUCCUGGCUCGCGGUGGGCACAGCCCCUGGGCCACAGGCACCGCUGCAAGGGGCCUCUCGGCCCCCCGUGUUUCCUAUGUGCCCUGGCUCACCCCUGUUCCAGCACGUCGGUGCCUUUGCCAUCAGCAGCUCUUCAAGGGGAAGCUGCCUCCGCAGCCUCUCCAUUCAUUUCCCCUGUGGCCGCCGGCGCUGCUCAGCGCUGAUGGAGUCCGCCAGGUGAAGCCCGGCUCAAGCGAGCCCUGGAGCUCGCUCCUGCUCCUUGCACCUCCUGCCCCCGUCGGGUGUUGCUGCUGCUCCCGGCUUGGCCCGGUGGGUCCCCAGCGGCUGCGGAUGGGCUCCGUGCCCCUCUGGGCGGCAUCAGCGCAGGCAGGUGCCGCUGCGGCGUUAUCGGGAGCCCCGCAGGUGGCUGGGGAGCUGCGUGUGGUCGAUGCCGACAGCGGGUCCCUGCUUGCAGGGGGGAAACCGCCUCCUUCCUGCCUGCCACAGCUGCCGGCAGCGCCAUGGGCCACCUGCAGGCACCGCGGAGGCAGAGGGGGGGUCCUGGUGUGCGAGAUGGUGCCUGUGAGGGUGCUGGGGGCUCUCCUGUGGGUGCAGCUCAGCGUGGGGCAGCCGCGGAGCACCGCAGAGCCCCAGGCUGAGCUGAGCACGGCGCAGGGCCCCGAUGAGCUGCGGCUGGUGGGUGGUGGUGGGCGCUGCGCCGGGAGGGUGGAGGUGAAGCAUGAAGGUGAAUGGGGCUCCGUCUGCAGCUACGACUUCGACUGGGACACCCGCAGGGGAACCGUGGUGUGCCGGCAGCUCGGCUGUGGCACGGCAGCCACGGCGUCCCCGUACGCUCCGUUCGGGCAGGGCACCGGCCGCAUCUGGCUCCAUGUUUUCUGCAACGGCUAUGAGGCAACGCUGCAGGAUUGUCCCAGUUUCGGAUGGGGCGAGCACUUCUGCGGCCACGAGCGCGAUGUGGGGGUGACCUGCACAGACGCGUUGGAGCUGAGGCUGGCGGGCGGCAGCGGUCCCUGCGAUGGGAAGGUGGAGCUGAAGCUGCGGGGACGCUGGGGCUCGGUGGCAGACCCCACGUGGGACAUGAUGGAUGCGGAGGUGGUUUGCCAGCAGCUGGGCUGCGGCUCGGCCACCAGGGCCUACAUGAAAGGCAGCAAGUACAGCAGCGGUGACCCCCCUGUCAACAUGGUGCUGGUGAACUGCCGCGGGCACGAGAAAGUGCUUUGGGAGUGCGAGGUGAGGGGCUGGGGGCCCUACAGCGGCAUCCACGACUUCGACACCGCCGUCGUCUGCCAAGGCUUCUCCCGGCUGGUUGGUGGCGAUGGCCCCUGCGCGGGGCGGCUGGAGGUGCGGCAGGGCCGAGCGUGGGCCGGGCUCUGUGAGGAUGCUGUGGAGCUGAAGGCUGCCCAGGUCGUGUGCCGGGAGCUGGGCUGCGGCUCGGUGCUGGCUGUGCCCGGGGCCGGCCUGUUCCCGGCGGCAUCGGAGCCGCAAUGGGACGCAGGAUUCGAGUGCAGCGGCAGCGAGCUCCUCCUGAGCGCCUGCAGGCAGCGGGCACGGAGCGCCCAGGCCUGCAGCGGCCACGCCAGCAUCGUCUGCUCGUCCUACAGCGGCUUCCGGCUGGCGAACCACAGCUCGCGCUGCGCCGGGCGGGUGGAGGUGAUGGCAGGGGGGACGUGGGGGUCCCUCUGCGCCAGCGCCUGGGACCUGCCCGAUGCCCAUGUCCUCUGCCACCACCUGGGCUGCGGCCCUGCCAGCGCCGUGCUCCCGGGAGGCUCCUUCGGCAGCGGGAACGGGACCCUGCGCGUGGAUGCCUUUGGCUGCAGCGGCAGCGAGCAGCACCCAGGCCAGUGCCCCGUGGCGGUGCUGGGGGAGCCAAGCUGCCCCCCCGGGCACGCUGCUGCGGUCGAGUGCUCAGGCGCUGCCGAGCCCCUGCGGCUGCUGGAGGGGCAGAGCCGGUGCGAGGGGCGGCUGGAGGUCCCCACGAGCCCGGGCAGCUGGGCCGCUGUGUCCGCGGGGCUCCGGGCCCCCCAGGCGGCCACCGUGGCGUGCCGGGAGCUGGGCUGCGGCGAGCUGGAGCGGGUGUACCCCGUGGCGGGCCCCGGCGGCGUGGGGCUGCAGGAGGUGCAGUGCGCGGGCAGCGAGGACGCCCUGGCGCAGUGCAACGUCUCGGGCAGGGCCAGUGCUGGGAGCGGCGCUGGCGAGGCUCUGGCUCUUGUGUGCUCCGGCAGCCGGCGGCUGAGGCUGGCGGGGGGCCCUGGGCGCUGUGCCGGGCGUGUGGAGCUCUACGUUGAGGGCGCUUGGAGCCCCGUGUGCCAGGACGCGUGGGACAUCCCGGACGCCGCCGUCGUGUGCCGGCAGCUGGGCUGCGGGGCAGCGCUGGACGCGCCCGGCUCCGCUCGCUUCGGCCCCGGGGCGGCCCCGCCGUGGGCGGGUGCCGGUGGCUGCGCCGGCAGCGAGGCGUCCCUUUGGGAUUGCCCGGCCCCAGCGCAGCGCGGCUGCCGGCUCGGCGGCGGGGCCGGCGCCGUGUGCUCAGGGCAGCUCUCCGUGCGGCUGGCGGGCGGCAGCGGCCGCUGCAGCGGGCACUUGGAGCUCCUCUACAACGGGACGUGGGGCCGCGUGUGCGCCGACGGCACCAGCCCGGCCACGGCCGCCGCCGCCUGCAGGCAGCUGGGCUGCGGGAACGGGGGCAGCCUCGGGGCCGGCGCUGCCCCGCUCCCGGCCCCCGCCUGGCUCGCCUGGGUGCGCUGCGAGGACGGGGCCCGCUCGCUGUGGCGCUGCCCCUCGGCUCCCUGGCGCCUGCAGCCGUGCGGGCCCGGCGGGGACGCGCAUGUGGUGUGCGCUGAGGACGGCGCCGAGGGGAUGCUCAGCCCGUCCCCAGGGAGCCCCACGCUCACAGGUAGCUCUGAUGCUGAGGCCUGCGCCGGGCCGGCCGCGCUCCACGGCCUCGCUUCACCUUGCUCCUCCCAUGGCCCCGCAGGUGUCCCCAGGGCCAGCACCCCGCGGCCAGCCACGGGGCCGGUGCCGGUGCCCACGGUGCUGUGCGCGGUGCUGGGGGUGCUGCUGUGCCUGGCGCUCGCUGCCCUGGCUCUGCAGAUGUACCGGGCCUGGGCUGGGCCACGAGAGCCUGGCAGAGCCCUGGAUGCUGUCUAUGAGGAGCUGGACUACACCGGGAUGCCGGAGUACCAGAAGGUGCCCAGUCGCCCAGGCUCCCCAACAGAGGGCUCAGAGACGAAGCUGCCCUAUUACACUGCAGAGGAUGUGGAGGAGAGUGACCCCGGCGCAGCCCCAGGCCCCCCUGCCCUGCCUGAGGACGGACCCCCCGAUGGCUACGAUGAUGCCGAGGCUGUGCCAGAGGAGUCCCUUGGCACUGGGGACACCCCCGAGGGGGUGGCACAUGCAGGUGGGAGCCGUCCCCCCCCAGGGGGCACAGGGGACCCCCGUGAGCAGCCCCCAGGGGACACAGGCUACGAUGAUGCUGACGUUGGCACCUUGGGGACAUUGCUGUGAGGAUGCUGCGGCCGCAGCACACGAGGCCGCGGGGACACAAGUGCGGGUGCUGGGGCUCUGUCCCCAAGGACGGGUGGCCCUGGCCAUGGAGGUCACCUCUCCGUGCCCAGGACCACAGCACAGCAGCUCCGGUGUCCCUCUUGCAGCAGCGCUGCAGGGAUCUGGGUUUAGUUUCACCGUGAAUUCCCAUGGUUUUCCCUAUUAAAACUCCCAAGCUGG